GGAAAUGGGCGGUGGUGGUCUAACGGGGAGCGUUUGUCGAAGGAUGCGGGCGUCGGGUGCUCGGCAGUUCCCCUUCCUCUCCACGGCUGGAUGCGUUCUGUUGAUGUCGAUGCUGCACACGCGCCUGGGCCUGGACGAUUCCAAGGACGACACGACGGCCUGCCCAUCUCAGGAUCACGCGUCGCGAGCAGUCUUGAUGACCGCCUCACGCGUCUAGUCCCUACCGCUCCGCCCUCCAUCCCCAACACCGCCGACCACCAUGGCCACGACGCCUUCCACCGCGGUCGGCCCCAACAAUAACGCGACCAGUGCCGCUCCUACCCCCGACAAUAAUAACCAUGAUGGCGCGUCGACCGCGGAUCAACAACCGGGCACGAAUACUGAUGGCCAGGACGCGAUUCGGGAAGGCAAACAAAAAGCCAAAGAAACCAUGCAAGCUCAAGGGCUAGCGACAAAUGCUUCGCCCGCACAAACUGGCACCACCAAUGGCUCCGCGCAGUCCAAUGGCACUCCUCAGCUAAGUCGGAAGCGAUCGCGCGAUGGCACACAACUACCUGUGAGCGCGACCACGAAUGAGCCUCAGCCGGCGCACGAUGAAGUUCUGCUGGACCGAUAUAUUCAGCGGGAUCUCCUGUAUGGCGCUGCUAUGAAUGACCAGUCGCAGCGAUCGCGCGAUCUUCUGUUGGCCAAGGAGAAGGAGAAGGAAUUCUACAUGACUGAGGUCGCUGCGCGCCGGCGGACCAAUCCAGGCUCAGUAUAUGGCUAUGGGUUCGCAGGGUAUGGCAAUGGCAGAACGGAUGCGAAAUCGCAAAUCGUCUAUAGCUCCAACCGGGGACCGCCAAAGGGCCGGAGGUCAAAACAGAUCCACAUCAACCGCAGGGACUUGCAACAGCAGGCCGAGCAGCAUGAAGAGCUCGUCCCGGUACGAUUGGACAUCGAGCUGGACAAGUUGAGGUUGCGCGACACCUUCACAUGGAACCUGCACGAGAAAUGCAUCAGUCCGGACAUCUUCAUGGAAUACCUUCUCGAGGACCUUAAGAUUCCACCGGAAAACCUGCGUGAAGUGUCGCAGCAAAUCAAGGCGGAGAUGCAGGAACAGCUUCAAAACUACUAUCCACACAUAAUCGUCGAAGAUGGCCCUGUGGAAGCUGGCGUUCCGUAUUCUGGUCACAAGGACGACGAGAUGCGAAUACAGAUCAAGUUGAACAUCACGAUCGGACGAAUAACACUCGUCGAUCAGUUUGAAUGGGACAUCAACAAUCCUCUGAAUUCGCCCGAAGAAUUCGCUGCAUCCAUGGCCAAAGAAAACGCUCUCUCCGGCGAAUUUACGACGGCUAUCGCACACUCAAUACGAGAACAGAGCCAACAAUAUACCAAAGCACUUUAUCUCACGAACCACCCCUUUGACGGACGACCAAUCGAGGACCCAGAACUGAGAGAUAAUUUCCUACCAGCACCCAUCCAUAGUGCGUUCCGACCUGUACAAACACAGAAAGAUUUCACGCCGUACAUGUACGAAAUGAGCGAAGCCGAGCUUGAACGAACCGAGACAUCUAUGAUGCGCGAGCACCGAGCACAGAAACGACAGCUGAACCGUCGGGGUGGGCCGGCUUUGCCUGACCUGCGCGAGAGGCCGAGAACGGUCAGGUCCCUCAUCGUGCAUUCCGUCAUUCCUGGUGCGGUGGAGACAUUUGACACGACUGGGAUACCCAAGACCAGGCGCGGCGGAAGAGGUGGACGCCGUAGUGGCCGGGCUGCUGAUGGCGAUAUCGACUCUGAUGAUCUGGACAGCGAAGAUUCUGGUGCGGAGCAGCAAUCUCCUGCGCCUUCGGCCAUGAUGAACACGGGAGGCACCGCGAGAACCCGUGGCAUGCGUGGUGCCGCCGCGCAAGCGCAAGCGAACAUGCGCGCUGGAUACGGUCGAUCAGCAACGCCCGAUUCACAAGCCAUGGCUGCACCGGCGCGAGAAACACGAACUGCUCCCGAAAGGUCGAGUCGAUUGCGAGAAGAAAGCGCUGCGGUUCUGGACGAGGAUGAAACGUUGAUCGUCAAGCUGAAGAUUGGCAAAGCCAAGUUGAAAGCGUUCUGGGACGCUUUGCAGGCCAAGAAACGCGCGAAAGAAUUCCCACUGUCCGGCUAUGCCUCUGGACCAUCGCUGGGACCUGGUCUCCAGCCUGGCACACCUGCGCGAGGAGCCACCAGCACUCCGAACAUGACCCCACGAACGCUGCCACCCCGGAGUACACCGCAGCCCAACGGCAACCACUCUCGGGCGCCAUCAACAGCACGGCAGGCACGGGCCGGUUCAAGUGCGAAUGUGAGUUACGACUCACGCGGCGCUGUCGACAUAGCACGUUGGCCAGCGCCGGAUGAUGAUGCGCCCGCCCCUCCGCCCUGGCUCAAUGAAGCUAUCGAGACUCUGCGCGCCGAGCACCCUGACGACAACUUCAUGCCCUUCAUGCGAGCGUAUAUGAUCGACGUCGAGACUGGAAGUAUCACAAAGGGCAAGCAACCUCCCACUGUCGGCGGCACCGCUCCAGCUGGGAUUAAAUACCAGUACCUGCCCCGGAUUCGAUGCAAUGAUUGUCCUGGCAAGCUGUACACGGCGGUGCCUGACAAAGUCAUUCAAGAUUUCUCUGUCCAUCUGCGAAAUCGCGUACACAGGGAGAUGGUGUUGGCACGAAAAGAGGGCAGGACACCGAAAGUUGGAAAUUAAUGAUGCCAGGCGGCAAAGACCAGCCGCAGCUGUGAAGCACAUUGAUGAUAGAAAUCGUGUUGAAUGAACAAAAGUCACAUGCAGUUGUGUCCUGCUUUGUGCAGAUGUUUUCGUAACGUAGCGAAAGUUGUAUAGAGGAACGAGUGAUGUUCGUUGUGUGCAG